GCAGAGCUGCGCGUUGCUGUCCACUUCAGCACCACAAGCCGAGCAGAGACAUCCGGGCCAGUCUGACCUGGAGACAAGGGACGGGGCUCAGCAUCAGCACCGUCCUGGAUCCAGACUGCUGAACAAUAACCGCUUGCAGACCAAGAAUCGUCGACUCGGCCGGACUGAAGCCCGCAGGAGACUACGGUCAUCAUGUAUGAUGCAACAGGGGUUCCAUCUCCGAAGGAUGGGGCUGAAGGUAUUGCUAAGCCGGUGGUCCCUGGUGGAGGUACAGCAGCAGGGUCAGGAAGUCCGACCACCCUCCUGCAGGCUAAAACAGAGGAGGGUCCAGCAGGUACUGAAGAGGAAGAGGAGACUCUGGCGGAACCUGUUCUUGUGAAAAAGCCCCACAGAGAGAUUCUGGACCAUGAAAGGAAGAGGAGGGUGGAGCUCAAGUGUAUGGAACUUCAGGAGAUGAUGGAGGAGCAAGGAUACACAGAAGAGGAAAUCCGACAGAAAGUCAGCACGUUCAGACAAAUGCUGAUGGACAAAGAGGGAGUCAUCACCAGAGACGGCCCGAACAGAGAGCCCAUGGUCAACAACGUGCACUAUCAGACCGAUGAGUACGAAGAUGACUCCGGAGUGGUCAGAUAUGAAGACGGAGAUUAUGACUACCAGAGUGACACCAGGGUGCGGAGGUCCAGCAGCUCUCCUUCACCACGUCCAAAAAAGAAAAAGAAGAAAAGAUCAGGACACAGAAGAAGUCGGUUCGGCAGCUCCUCGCCCACCCGAAGAGAGAAGAAGAAAAAGAGUGGGAAGAAACACAAGCGUGACAGGUCUGUGUCCGGCUCAAGAAAAAAGAGACGAUACAGAUCAGGCAGCCCAAAGAACAAACACAGAGACAAGAACAAACAGAAGAAAAGGUCCCCGGGCGAGACCGCCAGUCAGAGUUCCCAGCGUCAAGGCAGCUGCUGCAGUUCCCGCAGUGCCUCUUUGUCCUCUACUCGGAGCAACUCCAAAUCUCCAGCCAGGCUGAAUUCCAAGCACUUGGUGGAUGAUGACAGGAUGACAAGCACCUCGGUGUGUCCUGGUUCCAACAGUCCCACAGCUUGGCACAACGGCGACCACCUUCAGCAAACGCGCAACGGCAAAGCGAACCGCCUCAACCACGCGGAGGACGAGAAAGCACAUGAUAAGAUCCGUGUGCUGACUGCUGGCUCUGCAAGCCUCCCGUCCAAUCUGCUGAAAGAGCACAGGCACCAGGGCGCCUCCAGUCGGAGUCAAACGGGACAGAUGUGCGUGGCGGCAAAGGACUCGGUGGAGGUCGGGGGCCAAACGUCGGCAGGCAGAUCAGGCCAUAGAGGGCAGAAUAAGAGCUCCCCUGCUCACAGCAGCGACUCCAAUCACUCACAGCAUAACCACGCUCACAGAGGCCGCAAGAAAAAGAGCAAGGGAGGCCGUUCAAGCAAGCGUCACCAGCGCUCCAAAAGAGGACAAGGUCACCACAGGAGCCCGUCGGCGUCUCCAGGCCGUCACUCGCACGCAUCAUCGGGCCGGAAGAAAGACGGCUCGCGCAGCAAAGAGAGCAACCGACAGCGCAGCAGCUCCUGGAGCAGUGGGCGGUCUUCCUCGGGCUCCAGGGAUCGAGGGCCCAGCAAGAACAAAUCUCCCCACAACAGACAGAACACCUCCAGGGACAGAGACAGCCCAAGCCGCGGUGACACAGACUCCGAGAGUCGAGCUCGACGUCGCUCUCGCAGCUACUCGCCCAUUCGUAAGAGGAGGAGAGACUCGCCCAGCUUCAUGGAGGCCCGCAGAAUCACCAGCGCCCGUAAGCGCCCGAUUCCCUACUACCGACCCAGCCCCUCCUCCUCCAGCUACGACAGCAGCCCGUCCCGGUCGAGCCGCAGCCGCAGCCGCAGCUACAGCAGCCGCAGCCACAGCAGGAGCCGCAGCUGGAGCCGCAGCGGCAGCCAGAGCUGGAGCCGCAGCAGGAGUCGCUCCAGGAGCCACCACAGCUACUCCACCCGCAGCAGCUACGACAGCCCGGGGUUCUGACCCCCCGAACCCGCCUCCAAACAAAGGACUGCCUACGCAGGCGGCAAGCACCGGUGUUGACCAGGACCUCCUCCAACCCAGAGCCGGGGAACAAAGAGGAGCAUGUUUGAUAUCACAGUUACUCGUCUUCAUGUAUACAAGGUAUUUAAAAAAAAGUGGGUCAAGUUUUCGGUUGAGCCCAAAGAACAAACUGUAUGUUAGCACUUUCUUUCUUCCACAAAACAACCAAAAACGAGACCAUGAAGAAGUCGUAUAACACACUCCACUUCACAUAAGGGAACCUUUUAUCCGCCAUCUCUCAUGGAAGCACAGAGAUCAACGGCAGUAGGAACAAAAGAUGACCUUUUCUUUUUGUCUUUUUUUUGACGCACAUUCUAUUCUGUUGUGACUUUGUAAACUAUGCACUGUAUAGUUCAUGUAGUUUGCCGACUCAGCAUGAUGCAUCAAGAUGGACUCGUGAAGCACCGCUGGCUGAGAUGCACUGGGAGGCGCGUGAGUGCAACGUUAUUUAUCAGAGCGGCGGAUUGUGCUGCUCUUCUGUACAGGAAAAACUCUCUGCAAAAGCCUCCAUGCACACGUCUGUGUUGAGCAUUUAUUUAUUGAUUUAUUUAUGAACAUAUUUAUUGUUUAACUUAUUUGAAACAUGUUCGGGUGGAGGUCGAACCUGCAGCCGAACCUGCAGCUCAGCGACUGUCGUUGAGUCAGAAGUGUUGUUUUAAUUCGCUCAUUUUACUGCGACUAUUAUCAGUUUCCAAGAUGCGACCAUCAUCAUCCCGCGCUUGAAGUAAAAGUGACACUCCUUACUGUCUGAACUAUGAAGUCAUAAAGUGUUCAUAAAGUUUGGAAACUGACCCGCUUUUCACAAAAGAUGCUUUAAAGUUUUCUUAUGUUAAAUAAUCGCAAAAAUCAAUGGGAUUAAAUUAAGAUCAAUGAUACAUCUAGCGCUUCAUUAUUUUUUAACUUGUUUACGGUCGGGCUGUUGAAGUAAAAAAAAUGUUGUACAUCCAAUUACACACAUGAACUGAAUCCACUUCAACCGGACUGUUAUUUACUGGUGUAAAUUAACAGUUUAACAGUAUUAAAGUUCCAGCUGUAACACACUCCAGAGGAGUUUCAACUUUAAGUUUAUUAACGUCCUGAAACAUCACAAGUGUUUCUGCUCGACCAACAUUUCCACGGUGGUAGAAUCAGGGAUCACCAACAGUCUUCCUGCUCGAUCAUCUGGCCACUGUAACCGAAUCCCACCGGCCGAUGAGUCCGAACGCAGCAUCUCAAUUGGGAAAGUCAUCCUCUGUAGUGUAGAAGUUGUUAUUCCUGACAAUAAACUGAUGACAUCUUGGAUCCUCGAGUCAUUUUCCUCUCUGGGCGCGUGUGUGCAGCGAUGCUCCGCCUUCGUAUGAAGCCAAGUGUGGUUUG